GCCCAGUUACCGGAAGAGUAAUACUGCCUCUUCCCGUUCUUAUUUUACUUUUCUUGUUGUUUGCCGUCCGUCAUUGCCAUACUUGCCUGAAGCACAUGCGCACGUACCUAUUUGGUUAGACACAGUCCAGCUAAAGAGAUGGAUUUUCCUUCUCACUGACCUGCCAUUUCAAAAAAAUGAAUGAGGAAUCCGACCAAGGACCGCACUCAAAAGUGAAGUGGAACAUCCGGUGCCAUGCAGGCUGUGGGGAGAAGAUAUCUCAGGCCAUCAUUUACUGCUGCAUGCUGUAAGCCAAGGCGGCCCGCUGUUGCUUGGGAUGCUCAUAGGAGUGCACAUAACGCAUCCCAAGGCAACCAAUGCCCUGAACCUACGGACACAGAAGGCUCUCCGAGAUUGCCGGACAAUGGAUACACAAAUAUACCGAUCGACUUUGAGAGCAAGACGGUCUCGACCGCCGUCGGCCAGCUGCCGAUAUCCCCGUUGAUGGACCCGUCGUUUCACGAAGCCAGGCAAAGAUUCACCAAACCCAAGCCAAAACACUCAGAGCACAAACCGACCAAGUUCCAACGGCACUUGGCCCGGAAUCCAUAUGCCAAGGCUCUGGCCACACCUGUGCGGAGAUGCCCCAUCACCGGCGUCAAUCUCCCGAGCUUUUUCCUUCAACGCUUCGUUCUUGUCUCGCACCCUGAGACGGGAAAUCCCUGGUUUAUGCCCGGUGCCCUCGACUCCAAGGCUGCAGACACCCAAGACGAAGGGAACCAUGCCGAACCGGAAUCAGCUGAGGAGCAGUCGGCUGGGACGGUUCAUGAGACCACACAGGACACCCAGAGCGAACAGGAACCGGACAAUUCAGCACAGGCUACCCCCAACAGCGUUGAGAUAAUUCAAGAGCCAGCCGAGCCAGCUGUGAAGACCCAGAACUCCACCAAAACAGGACCUUCCGGAUAUGUUCUCUCCCGCCAGACGCUUCUCCAGGGCUUCCAGGAGCAGCACUCGGUGUACUUUAACGGCCACAAGAAACUCCUCCGCAUGAGCAGCGGCGGCGCAACAAACCUCAGUGCGCUACUGGCCAACGCCAACUGGCACAGCGAGAUGGAUGUGGUGGUGCUAGAACUGAUCCGCCGGCGGGUCUUUGACGCGCUCCUUUACUUUGCGAAGAAGAGCGGAGAAGAAGACCGCAAGUACAUCGUCAAGUGUGAGCGCUGGAACGACACCAAGGCACUGAAACAUCGAGGCUGUCUUCUGUUCCUGGGCCAGCCCGAGGGGGCUACUCCGGAGUCGACCCCCCAAUAUGUCCCGCCAAGGCUGUCAGUCAUGGAUGUUGGGCCUGUGAAAUACGGGUCGAAGCUCGCGGUGCAUAACUUGCGUGUACUGUUGGGCGAGGAGCGUAUAGCUCGGUUGAGGCAGGAGUCUGAGCUUCUGAGUGGCGGGUCCCUGUUUCUGCUUGGCAGGCAGGCAACAGUGAAGCUGCAAAUGCUUCUCUGGAAACUCCAGGGAUACAUGUCAUGGGACGAAGCGCAGAAGGCUUCGUCUGCAAAUAGCGAACUCGAGCGGUAAAUACCCAGAGGGAAGACCUAAGGGUCAGUGUGAAAAUAGGAGACAAUUGCACACCGUCAUCAAGCACAGCUAUAUGGUGGAUUAAAGAUAUCAUUAACCCUUGCGGCGAGUCUUGGUAACCAGGUAAUCCGAAUACCUUUGUUCUCGGUUACGGAAGCCGGACCCUGCCAUGUCCCUGUAACUAAAUCGGUGCCGC